GACACAUUGUUACUGGCGGAAGAUGGAAGCUACUUUGUGUCGAAGGCUCAGUUGCUGCCGAGGUUUGAACUGAAGGGUUGAAGUGGCUGGAGCCAGUCAGUCCGGAUUAAAGAGGCUGUGUGGACAGGUCCAGGCAGAGUGGGUCCGGAUUAAAGAGGCUGUGUGGACAGGUCCAGGCAGAGUGGGUCCGGAUUAAAGAGGCUGUGUGAACAGGUCCAGGCAGAGUGGGUCCGGAUUAAAGAGGCUGUGUGAACAGGUCCAGGCAGAGUGGGUCCGGAUUAAAGAGGCUGUGUGAACAGGUCCAGGCAGAGUGGCUCCGGAUUAAAGAGGCUGUGUGAACAGGUCCAGGCAGAGUGGCUCCGGAUUAAAGAGGCUGUGUGAACAGGUCCAGGCAGAGUGGCUCCGGAUUAAAGAGGCUGUGUGAACAGGUCCAGGCAGAGUGGCUCCGGAUUAAAGAGGCUGUGUGAACAGGUCCAGGCAGAGUGGCUCCGGAUUAAAGAGGCUGUGUGAACAGGUCCAGGCAGAGUGGGUCCGGAUUAAAGAGGCUGUGUGAACAGGUCCAGGCAGAGUGGCUCCGGAUUAAAGAGGCUGUGUGAACAGGUCCAGGCAGAGUGGCUCCGGAUUAAAGAGGCUGUGUGAACAGCUGAAUUUGAUGACCUAGUUCACUUCAGCUUUGAUCUGAUUCCAACUGUGGAACAUCUGAGAAUGGAAGAGAAGAGAAAGAAAAGAAGCCCAAAGGUCACUUUAAACCAGCCGGUGCCAUCGGGCAACCCCAGGAAAUCAUCUGUGCCACCCAGUAAGAGUGCCACCUUCUCCACUGCUUUACCCCAGCCUCCUUCACCAAAACUAAGGUCAAAGUUGAAAAGGGCAAAUAAAGAUAAAUUGAAGCUCCCACAACCAACUGGAAAGCUGACAAAGUCAGCUCCGAUUCAGCAUUCGUUCCUGACAGAUGUUUCUGAUGUGAGAGAGAUGGAAUGUGGCCUGCUGAAUUUAUUGAAUGAUUUCCACUCUGGGAAGCUGCAGGCUUUUGGGAAAGAGUGUUCCUUUGAACAGAUGGAACACGUGAGAGAGAUGCAGGAGAAAAUGGCCCGUUUACAUUUCAGCCUCGACAGUCAUGUGGAGGAGCUUUCUGAAGAUAAGAAGAGGAAUGCCUCUGACAGGAACCUUGAACAGCUACUGACAAACUUGGAGGAACUUAGUACCUCAAUACAAAAACUACACUUAGCAGAAAAUCAAGAACUACCAAAAAACCAAGAACCAACACCACUUACUUUAUAGAAAUUAUGGUUAAUGAGAUACAAGGGAAUCUUGGAUAAAGAGGAGAUGGAGUGCGCUCCUCAGUGAAAUCACUGCUGUGGGGAGGAAGAUAGAAUGAAUAAAAUUCCUGAUUUUUACUCUGAAGGUGGGAACAAGAUGUAAAAUUAAACUGUUACAGGAUCCAGUGUGUUUUCUUGUCAAUUUUUAUCUCCUCCCUUCAUCUCUGGAGAAGAUUGGUUCUUUGCCACUGCACAGUUGCUUUCUGGGAUACUUGCCUUAGUGGCCGUCACUCAUGCCAGCCUUGAGAGUAACUUUCAACAUGUUAUUCAACUAUAAAUGGGAGCAUCACAGCUGAAUCCAAGUCUCGUCUUGUUCCCACAUGACUAUCUGCAGGAACAUUGGACAAUGAUUAGAAGCCACGGUUCUCAACGAUUUUCCCAAUUUUUAGUCCAGAAUGCUGAGGCCAAUUAAUGCUGUCCAGCUGUAGGUGACUAUAUCUGCGUAAACUGGCACUGGAAUUUUCAACUUCUACGUCUCUGUGGCUCAAUUAUUCACUGGAUAAAUUUGCUGUCAGGGAACCAAGUUUUAUUUCUAUAGCUUGGGCACAAAUGGAUUGUUUGAUCAGCAGGAUAAAGACAAUAAAAUAACUAAAAAUGUAAUUAUUAUCUCUCCUGGCAGAGAUAGCUUAACUUUUUUUUAAUAUCAUUUGUAUUAACAGUACAAAAGUAAAUUUCUCUUUUAGUACAAUAUGUGUAGCUUGCACAUCACAACUGGACAUGAUUAAUGGAAGGCUUAAUUAGAUCAAUCGUUUAGAAUAAAUGUUUUUUUCUUAACAUGCAACAGGAAAAAGCCUAAACUGAUUUUCUCUGUUAAAAAAUUCAAGGGUUUAUUUUAAAUGCUUAUAACUUAUUUUGCAAUUAUUUCAGUAGACUUGUCCUUAGCAAUGUUGAUCUACUGUUGUUCAUCAGUCUGUUUAGAAAUUUUUUUAGAUCACAGGUAAAUAAAGAUCAACUUAUCCAUUCAAGACAAACAUA